AUGGCUUUCAUUUCUGCACAAACGGCAAUCUUGGUUUAUUUCUAUGCAGCUUUGGUGAAAGAUAAAGAAUUGAUCGCAGGAGAAGUGAUGAACGAAUAUAAUCAAAAAUUCGUCAUGCCUCGUGCUAUGCCGGUUUGCAGAGAUGCAUCAACAAUGACUUCACAA